CUGCAACAAUAUACCGGUAUAUCGGUAUAUAUCGCAAUACGCAAACCGCAUAUCGUAUCGCGAUACGAUUUUCAUCAUACCGGUACGAAAAUUCUAAAAAAAAGAAUCCUCAUUUCGUCCGGAAAAAACAUCUAAAAUAAUGAUAACACGGUAAACAAAACAAAUCGGUGGUAAGUAAAAAUAUGUUACGUAAAAGUAGCAAUUGAAAAAGUCUAUUGUACGGAUUAGCUUCGUUACAUGGGAGCACGGAGCGUUUAUUGUCUUGUCUAGAGUCCGUGAUGGGAGUCCGCACGAUAUGCUUCCGCAUGUCAUUCUGUAAAAUUUCAGAUGAAGCUGUGAAAAUACGAAAAAACAAAACAAACAAAACAAUUCAUUACACAAAACAAAUGUAAAUUGAUGUUAUUAUCAACAAAAAUUAAGUGCAAUCUAGCCCAAAGUCUCUUUCGGGUUAUUAUUCUUCUUGUCGGCUUUUAUAAUGGUUCUCAAAAUGGCAGACGAUACGGACGCGGAGUUUGAGUUUAUUGACAAUUCGAAGGGAAAAAGUGUUGUUUGGCCGUAUUUUCGUUUGAAAAGGAAGAGGGGAACGAACGAAAUCGAAGAAGGAAUCGGAUAUUGCAACAGGUGUAAGGAUGGUGUAAAAUAUAGUGGGGGAACAUCAAAUUUGUUUUCUCACUUAGAGCGACACCACCGAAUUUUCCUUAAAUCUGAUGGAAAAGGUAAACAAUCGGACGAAGCACCACGACGCAUGUUAGGACAGCCAACACUUGUUGAAGUGUGCCACAAACUUGACCAAUAUCGACCUUCAUCUGAAAGAUCAAAAGACAUUUCUGACAAAAUUGCAAUGUUCAUUGUCAAAGACCUUCGUCCGUUUAGUGUUGUGUCAAAUGAAGGAUUCCGUGCACUUGUUCAGACCUUAGAUCCCAGGUACACCAUGCCAUCUCGUACUUAUUUUAGUGAAACGGCAAUCCCAGAUAUGUAUGAUCAAGUUAAAGCAGAUGUAAAAUUGCAGUUGUCCAAAGCCUCAUCGGUGGCCUUAACCACCGAUGGUUGGACCAGUCGAGCUACUGAAUCGUAUGUAACCAUUACAUCAACACACAUUUCAGCUGACUGGCAAAUUCAUAAUUAUGUUCUCCAAACACGGGAACUUCCUCUAAGCUAUACAGGAGAAAACAUUGCCAAUGUUUUGAAAGAUGCUAUCAAUGAGUGGGGUUUGCCAGAGUGUUCCGCUUUGGUGACUGAUAAUGCUGCUAAUAUGUCGGUGGCUGCAAAACUUGUUGGCUUUCAGCAUCACUUGGGCUGUUACGCACACACUCUGAAUUUAGCUGCUCAAAAGGGAUUGAAAAUUAACAGUGUGUCACGACUGCUAGGCCAAAUAAGAAGAAUUGUGUCUUUUUUUCAUCGUAGCACAACUGCAGCCGCUGCACUGAAAGAGUGUUCAAAGGUAGUUGGGGUGCGAUCAGUAAAAUUAAUCCAAGAUGUCAGUACACGAUGGAACUCUGCCGUUGAUAUGUUAGAGCGUUUCCUGGAGUUGCAACCAGCAGUGUAUGCUGCUCUCAUGAGCAAAGAAAUUCGUUCAAAGGAAAAGGAUGUUGCAACUUUAACUGAUGCAGAUGUGACCCUCGCUGAAAAUGUAAUGUCUGUUCUCAUCCCCCUCAGAACAGUGUCUACAGGUCUCUGCAAAGAAUCGUGUCCAACUGCGUCCCUGAUUUUGCCUCUUCAAAAGAAGCUGUUAGAACAAGCCCUGACUUUCAAUGACACAGACACGCCAGCAAUAAGACAGCUGAAGCAGACAAUUGCUGAUGACCUGAAGCCAAGAUAUUCCAGCGCCAGUGUGAAGAUGUUUCUAGAGGAGGUUGCUUUGCUUGAUCCUAGAUGCAAAACAUCAUACUUGUCAGACGCUCAUGGUCUCCUUGUAAGCAACAGGGUCAUUUCUAGUGCUGCAAGUCUAGUACCUAGUGUAGUGGAUGACCCUAGCCCGGACUCAUCACAACAGAAAGUCACUGUUCUAGCUGACCCUAGUGAGGGAAAGCAGAUUUCGAGUAGAGCAGGUGGCUUAGCAUCCUUCCUGAGUGAUGUCAUGGCUGUUCAACCUUCAAAGCCUACCAAUGCAGUUCCUUCAGGACUUCAGCGAGCUACAGAGGAGAUGUUUCAGUAUUUGAAGUGUGAUUUAUUGGGUUUAGAACUUGACCCACUCAUUUGGUGGAGAGAACAUGAGGGUAGUUUGCCACUGUUGGCUAUGCUUGCACGAAAGUAUUUGUGUGUCCCAGCUACGAGUGUCCCCUCUGAGCGUGUUUUCAGCACUGCAGGGGACAUUUUAAGUGCCCAGCGUGCAAGCAUGGACUCGGACAAAGUGGACAUGCUAAUAUUUCUUAAGAAAAACAUGAAGUAAAGUUAAAUGAGUUUUUUGAACAAUUGUGUUAUGUUACAUAGUUUGUUACAUAGUUUAACUGUUAACUGAGCAAUAAACAUGCUUUAAACAUACAAUAGAAAGGUUAUGUUCUUUAAAUUAAGUUGGUUUUGGUGAUAAGCUGGUGAUUUAUAAUUCUGGCAUAAGUUAGCAAUAUAUCGCAAUAUAUUGCAAUACGGGUUUUUGAACUGACAAUAUAUUGCAAUACGGUUUUUGGCGUAUUGUUGCAGCC